GCUGACGGGGAACAACAACACAGAGUCGCCUUCUCCUGCAGGUGGUGGUGUACCGUGGACAAACUCUUUUCACACUUGGCCUGUUCGGGCUGCCGCCUGGCAUCCUGGUCGUUAUGUGGGUCUGAUACAUUUCUGAAGCAUCUAAAAGAGGGUUUGAUGCGAGCUCUGCGUUGAGGAGGAGGUGGAGGAGGACACACGGAGCUCGCCAUCCAUCCUCCCUCCCAAAAAAGAGCAGCAGCCGCCGCACAAUGGCACCGUCCCUCAUCCGAGCUUGCCGCAGUCUGGCUCUCUCGACGUGGUUGGUGUCGUUUUGCUUCGUCCACUUGCUGUGCCUGGACUUCACGGUUGCAGAGAAGGAGGAGUGGUACACAGCUUUCGUUAACAUCACCUACCUGGACCCCGUCACGUCGCAGGUGAGGACGGAGAAAACCGAGUGCGGUCGGUAUGGCGAGCACUCCCCUAAGAAAGAAGCUAGAGGUCUGGUCCUGGUGCCGGCCCUCCUGCAGGACAGACAGGGGUGCGACCCAAACAUCAGGUUCCCUCCUGCCCCUCCAAACACCCCUUGGGUGGCGUUGGUAGCUGCGGGGAAUUGCACUUACCGGGAGAAAAUCCGUAAUGUCGCAAACCACAACGCCUCUGCAGUUGUCAUAUACAACGUGGGCUCCACUAGCGCCAAUGACACCAUAACAAUGUCCCACUCAGACACAGGCGAUGUUGUGGCCAUCAUGAUCCCGGAGCGCAAAGGCCGUGAAAUCGUGGCCUUGCUCGAGCAGCGCAUCAUGAUCAUGUUGCAGAUCACUAUAGGAACCCGCAACCUGCAGAAGUACGUGAGCAGAACGUCUGUGGUGUUUGUGUCCAUCUCCUUCAUCGUCCUCAUGAUCAUCUCCCUCGCCUGGCUCGUCUUCUACUACAUCCAGAGGUUCCGCUACGCUAACGCACGAGAUCGCAACCAGAGGCGUUUGGGAGAUGCUGCCAAAAAAGCCAUGAGUAAACUUCAGCUACGCACUAUCAAAAGAGGAGACAAGGAAACAGAGUCGGACUUUGACAACUGUGCAGUUUGUAUUGAAGGUUAUAAGCCUAAUGAUGUUGUGAGGAUAUUACCAUGCAGACAUUUCUUCCAUAAGCACUGUGUAGACCCGUGGCUCCAAGACCACCGAACGUGUCCCAUGUGCAAAAUGAACAUCCUCAAAGCCCUGGGAAUCCCAUUUAGCGCGGACUGCUCGGAUGAGGUUCCUCCAGACUACGAGAUGUCUGUCGGAGGUCCGCCUACCAACCCCAUUAGUGGAGCGAGCGAAAUCACAGUUAACGAGAGCUCGGUAGAGUUGGAUCCAGCAGAAAGAGGAAUAGACCUGCCGGCACUCCAUCCUGAGACAGAGUCAGCGCUUCAGGCGGGGGAGAGCCAUAUCUUUGCCAGCAGUGAGCACCAGCCUCCACUCAGCAGUGAUUCAGACACUUCAAUCAUCGUGGGCAUUGAGGUAGGCAUGUCUGAAUUAGACCUAUCCACUGAACAGGAAUGUGAUGCCACCAAAUCCAGAGCCAAUCAGAGCUGAGACAAAUAGCACAAAACUCAUAGGACAAGGAGGAAAAAAGCAGGACUGGAUGAUCAGGGUGCUCCCCAAGAUUAUCCAGUGAUGAAGUGACCUGGCUGAAGAUGAAUGUAAAUGAGCAAUACAAGUGAUAGCAGCACAAAAUACCUGGUUCUUUCUUCACUUGACUAAAAAAAAACGGAUUAAUCCCUGCAUCUAUGGAUAUUUAGCUCGCUCAUUUCCUGAUGCCAGGAUGGCUAGUCACACCCCUCACCAUGUGGUGACCAACAGUUUGUACAUUCAGUCUUUUCACAUCCUGAAACCAUCCAAACUACACAUACAGUAACUCUGGAGGUGUAUGAGCCCUUCACAGUUGUUUGUCCUGAGUGAGACAAACCAAACCUGCUGCCGAAGAAAAAGCAAGGCCUUCUGCACACCAUUUUCCAGCUUUAAUCAAUAGAAAAAUACGAGUGGAUUCUUUGACUUCCUGGUACAAGAUCACUGCCAACAAAUCCAGAAGUUGUACUGAUAUGGCAUGCACCUGCAUAGCGCAUUAGGAGAGCAGCUGAGUGGUUUUCUUCUGAUUCUCCAACAGUUGGUGUGACUUUCCACCAGCACUUCUUCAGCUUCAGACUUGAAUGUUAGCUCUGUUGUCGUCGCAUGACAUUAAGAAUUUGGAAUAUGAAGGCACACGAGCUGUAAUUUCAGAAUUUCUCAGUGUAAUUGUUUUUGUUACUAUUUUGUGGUUCUCAGUUUUUAAAACUUCGACUUUACCGACUAAAUAUUCCUGUCAUGGAGAGACAAAUGAGCAAACACAAGCUAGAUGUUUCUGUCCUCACAUCUGACAAUCAUAGCUUGUCCUAAGCAGUUUGAAGUGAUGUCACUCUCUGCCCUGCUGAAACUGCUGCUAAUUAUUCACAACAUGUGAAGUAAGGGAUCAUGUUCUCACUGCUGCUAAACACAGCUGUAGCUGUAGCUAUAGCAGUUGUCACUACCAAUUUCUCCCACUGUGCACACUUCCCUAUACAAGCCUACACAAACCAGCCAAUAUAAAUAUGUCAACAAGUCUUUGUGCCAAGCUUGUCUUUUGCAUAUUAGCCAUUGUUAUUUGUCAUUAAAGUUAAUUGCCUUGGCUGACAAGCUGGAACUACACUAAAUCUUUUCGUGAUUAUCACCCUAAUAAAUAACAUCAGGGCAAUAAGUUAUGUCAGUUGAAAAGACUGUGUUAGAUAAUAAAGGAGGCAGGGCUCGGGUUCAUUCAAGGAAUUCUCUGCCCCAAGCAUUUUUUUUCUUUGUCCUGGCAUGAACAGUUACCAGCAUGGAAACAUUUACAGUCUUGGAGUGAGUUUACACUAAACUGGCUAGUUUUGCCAAACAGCAUCGAUGUACCUUUCUCACAGGGUGUUUAGCAUGGAUCUGCAAAAAAAGUGGAAAGAAAUAAACAGCAUUUGGAAAUGUUAAAAAUAAGACAGCUAUCUUACUACAGUUUGGAAGCACAUGUACAAAAAUGGUUCUGAAUUUAAUAUAACUAAAUAUUUUCAUUGAGAAGGCAUGUGACAACUUAUGGUAAAACAUAGCUUCAGUGCUUUAGCCCAUGAAUAUGUACAAAAAUAUAGCAACUAUAACAGAUUCUUUUAUAUUAUUAACAAAUGUGUUGUUAUAGUGAAGACCCUAAACUCUUCAGUGUUUUGAAACUUUACAAUGAGUUUCAGCCACAGUCUGUAUAUAAAAAAUGGACAAACCUCCCCAUUUGUGUAAGUGAAGACAGUGCCUUAAACCUGCAUUCUUUCUAAUGGCCAGCAGGGGGCAAGGGAAAUUCUGAAUGCUUAAAAGUCUAUGAGAAAAUGAUCCCUUGAGAUUGUGCAGCAUCGUUGGGUUGCCGGUCAGCUCCUUUCCUUUUCCUUUUCCUCCAUUUCUUACUUCCAGCUCGAGGCUCCAAAACAGGACUCAAACCAGCGGGUUACAUCAUAGCAGUCAUGUCCAUCAUUUAUAUACAGACUAUGGUUUGAGCUCAUUGUCUUACAGUUGAUUUGCUCUCACUGCUCUCAGAGGAUCAUUUGUUUUCAGAAAAUCUCUCCUCAGUCUAGACUACCUGCCCAGAGCCAAACAAAUGACACAAAAAAUUAUUCUAUCGGGAUCAGAUGAAAACCAAGACUGAAGUUUAUUGUGUUCUGCUUACUUGAUUCUGCUGCCACCAAGUGGUCAAAAUUAUGAAAUUAUUAUUAUGAUUAUGAAAUAAUUAUUUUCAGCAUUUUAUCAGUAAACUUGUUUUCCUUAUCCCAAAUUCUACUCUAAAAAGACUGUUUUUGAAAAAAGAAUGUAGCUAACUCAGCAUGGGCUCCAGAGUGGAAGCUGACUGUUAAUGCAAUUACAUUUAUUGUUUUGUUGUUGUUGUUUUUUCAUCUAGUUUUUUUUUUUUUUUUUAGAUUAAUUGCUUUUUAAAGAAGGUCUCGUAAAUGUACAAAUAGUUGAAUUUAAAGCUCAUUUGGGUCCAUUUCCUCUCACAUUCCUGCAGCCAUGCACACUGAAGAAGCACAAACCCACCGAUUCAGUCAUUGGAGCCAUCGGGCUCUAACUGCUGGUUCUCUCUUUAGUCAUUUCCAAGAGCUCCUGCAGCUGACUCUAUUAUUUAAGGCAUAUGAUCAAACUCAUUCUUGCUUUGGUCAGUCAAUAUCUGUAUGUGCAAAUAUCUAAGUUUCAGAAAUAACUGGUGUUAGGAGGCUUAUAUUGUAAUUCUUUAUUUGAUAGCUAUGAUCACUACACUCUAGUAAAAGUUAAAAUAUUCAGGUUGUGUCUGCAGUUUUUCAUUUUGAUAUAAUACCUGCAGGUGUAAGCUUGACAGUUUUUAAGUUUCCUUGCUUAACUGGAAGAUUUCACAAAUUUCCAUUUUUAUAAGCACUUAUAUAAUAAAAGUAAAUCAGACUUUUAAAUCAUCUGACAGACUGCAUUUCUUUUGUGUUGAUGACAUGAAGGUUAACAAAGAACCUGAUUUUCACUAGAGACAUAGCAGCUGAAAUCUCAGCUUACUGGGAUCGUUAAUCCCCUCAUGCUACAUGAGCUCAGGCUAAAAAUCGAACAGCACAAUACAAAGGCAUACCCAAAAGUUGUUUGUUUUACCCUCUGAUAUUUUAAACUCUUUGAUUUUCUUUUCUAUCAUCAUGUCUCUAAGGCUUCCAUCUAAUUGUUUGCUUAGUUGGUACAAUGACAAAGUAAAGCAAAGUGCAUUUAUUUACAGUGCUACAUGGCUGGGCUUUGGUUGUGUUGCCAAGUUCAAAAAUAAAAACUAAAAACAAGGUUUUCCACAGUUUAAGGCCUUUUUGUUAGAGAGCAACUUAAACUGCGUGAUGAAGGUCUCUCAGUUUUGUCUGUUUACAACAUUUUACUAACAACUUUCUCUGGGGAAUAAAUGAACC